AUGUAUGGACUAUGUUUCACUCUCUGGGCUCCACUUCCAGCAAUAGUCAUUACCCACUACGACUACUUGAAAGAUGCAUUUGUGACCCAAGGAGAUGCUUUCAUCACACGCAUUAACCGUCCACCAGAAACUCUACCGCAAGCCCACAAUAACACUGGAGUUUUAGUAUCCAGUAGAGAAAACUGGAGACUUCAGAGAAGAACGUCUUUGAAGAUCCUUCGUGACUUUGGUCUGAGCCGAAACUUGAUGGAAGAGCAAGUAAUGAGAUCUGUUCACGAAAUGCUUCAACAAAUUGAAAACAUCAACGACAAGAAGAAGGUAGACAUGUUCUGGCCAAUUCGACUUUGUGUUGGAAAUGUUAUCAAUGAGAGUUUGUUCGGAUACCAUUACAAAUACGACGAUGCUGAUCGGUUCAAAAAUUUCGUUCAAAUUGCGGAUAGACAUUUAAGAGCUGCUCUAGGGAAACUCCAGUUGCUGAUGACUGCUUUCCCCUGGCUUAGACACGUUCCAAUCAUCCGAGAACUUGGAUAUCAUAAAAUUGGCACCACUCCAUUUUGUGAAACGCUGUGUGCUGUUUUCAGUAUCAAGGAUUUAUCGAGAAAGAGGUUGCUAAUCAAAUCAAAGAGUAUGAUGGAGAGAGUGAACCAGAAAAUUUUGUCCACGCCUACAAAAAUUUUGUCCACGCCUAGACAAAUGAAACAAACAGGAAACCCUGGUUUAGACAUGCCGAAUCUCUGUUCUAGAUUUCUGUAUCCUGAAAUUCAAGAUAAAGUUCGUGAAAAAAUCUUCGAAGUUGUUGGAACAUCUCGUUUGCCAUCAAUGUCUGAUAAACCUAAUAUGCCAUACACCCAAGCAGUUAUUCAUGAAGUACAAAGACAUUCUAAUAUGAUUCCAGUAAUGUUAUUUCACACAAAUACCGAAGAUGUCGUUGUGAAGGGACAGAACGUGCCAACAGGAACACUCGUUUUUGGUCAGAUCUGGUCAAUUAUGAAAAACGAUUCAAUGUUCGACGAGAGCCAGAAGUUCAACCCAAGCCGGUAUCUACAAGCGGACGGAAAAACGUUGAACAAUGCAGUUAUAGAAAAAAAAAUCCCGUUCGGUAUUGGAAAAAAGGCAUGUGCCGGAGAAGGGUUGGCAAGAAUGGAGUUGUUCUUGAUUUUCAGCGCCUUUAUUCAGAAAUACGAGUUUAUCGCAAAUUCUAACAUUGACUUGUCACCAGAUUGGGGAGGUGUACUCACUUCCAAAUCUUACACCUGCCAACUGAUUCCCCAAACUGUAUAA